AUGGAUGCCCACGCACAGGGAGGGUGCAGCCUCGAGAUGCAGGCUGAAGGCACGGGCCAAACAGUGGGAGAGGGGCCAGGAACCUGGACGUGCCCCCAGGCAUCCCCACCGACACUGCCUGAGGAGGAACAUGGAGAGAGGCUGGUAGAACUGCACACCUCCUUCAGGGAGCUGGUCACCUUCUUCUGCACCAACUCCACUAUCCACGGCACCAUCCGCCUUGUUUGCUCCAGCCAGAACCGCCUCAAGACAGCCUCCUGGGGGCUGCUGCUGGCAGGAGCCCUGGGCGUGCUCUACUGGCAGUUCGCACUCCUCUUCGAGCAGUACUGGCGUUACCCGGUCAUCAUGACGGUGUCCGUGCACUCGGAGCGCAAGCUCUUCCCAUCGGUCACUCUGUGUGACAUGAACCCACACCGGCCACACUUAGCCCGCCACCAUCUGCGGGUUCUGGAUGACUUUGCCCGGGAGAACAUCUACUCCCUGUAUCGGUUCAACUUUAGCGACAGCAGGGAUGCCCCGGGGGCCGAGGUCCCAGGUCCAGAGCCUGCCUUCCAGCUGGACCGUAGGAUCCACCUCCAGAGGCUGAGGCCCUUGGACGGCCAGAACAGAGUGGGCUUCGAACUGUGUAACAGCACUGGCGGCGACUGUGUUCAGCGGGCCUUCUCCUCCGGUGUGGUGGCCGCCCAGGAGUGGUACCGCUUCCACUACAUAAACAUCCUGGCCCUGCUGCCCGCUGCUCACGAGGACAGCCACGGCAGCCACUUUGUCUUCUCCUGCCGCUACGACGACCGGGACUGCCAUGCCCGGCACUUCCAGACAUCCCACCACCCCACCUACGGCAGCUGCUACACCUUCAACGGUGUCUGGGCCGCACAACGGCCGGGCGUCACCCACAGUGAGUGCCAGCCGGGACUGGGUGCGGGUGGGGUGUCCAGGCCGACCUGGCCUCACCCCUGGCCUCCCCCAGGGAUCAGCCUGGUCCUCAGGGCUGAGCAGCAGGACCACCUCCCUCUGCUGUCCACGAAGGCCGGCAUCAAGGUCAUGAUCCACCCACAAGACCACACACCCUUCCUGGAGCACCAGGGCUUCAGCAUCCGGCCAGGGACGGAGACCACCAUUGACAUCCGUGAGGACGAGGUGCACCGGCUCGGGAGCCCCUAUGGGCAGUGCAUGGACAGUACAGGCAGCAUGGACGUGCAGCUACUGUACAACACCUCCUACACCAGGCAGGCAUGUCUGGCCUCCUGCUUUCAGCAUCUGAUGGUGGAGACCUGCUCCUGCGGCUACUUCUUCUACCCUCUGCCGGUGGGGGCCGAGUACUGCAGCUACAUGCGGCACCCAGCCUGGGGUCACUGCUUCCAUCGCCUCUACCAGAAACUGAAGACCCACCAGCUUCCCUGCACCACCCGAUGCCCGCGGCCUUGCAGAGAGUCUUCGUACAAGCUUUCUGCCGGGACCUCCAGAUGGCCUUCCUCCACAUCAGCCGACUGGGUCCUGGCUGUGCUGGGUGAGCCGAGCCGAUGGAACCCAUGGCCACCUUCUGCCUCUAUCAAAUCCUGGCCGCUGUCCCUGCCCUCGCCCUCCAGGGCCUGCACAGAGGGCCCCACCCGCAGGUCUGGGGCUCAGCCCCUCUCACCUGCACCCUGCCCCAGGAUCAGCCUGGCCAAGGUGAACAUUUUCUAUCAGGAGCUCAACUACCGCACGGUGGAUGAGACGCCGGUCUACUCGGUGCCACAGCUGCUCUCAGCCAUGGGCAGCCUCUGGAGCCUGUGGUUCGGCUCCUCGGUCCUCUCGGUCGUGGAGGUGCUAGAGCUGCUGCUGGACGCCAUGGCCCUCGCCCUACUGCUGUGCUGCCGCUGGCUCCGCGGGUCUCAGGGCCAGCCCAGGGCGGCCACAAGGGUGCCCCCUCCAAGCCAGAGGCCAGCCAGUGGACCAGUGGCUGCAGGCACAACGUCGAAUGCCCUGGGGCCCAGCUGCCUUCACCUCCCACGAUGCUGCCGGGACUUCAGCAGGAGUCUCGGCUGA